AUGGGCAGGAUCAUCUUCUACGAGGACAGAAACUUCCAGGGUCGUUCCUAUGAGACCAGCAACGACUGCUCUGACACGUCCUCAUACCUGAGCAGGUGCCAGUCUUGCCGGGUGGAGAGCGGCAGUGUCGUCGUGUACGAUCGCCCGAACUUCAUGGGGAACCAGUAUCUGUUGAGGAGAGGCGACUACUCUGACUACAUGAGCAUGAUGGGAAUGAGAGACUGCAUCAGGUCGUGUCGCAUCAUCCCCAUGCACAGAAACCAGUACAGGAUGAGGCUCUAUGACAGGGAGAACUUUGGAGGCCAGAUGCACGAGCUCACAGACGACUGCGACAACAUCAUGGAUCGCUACAACAUGAGCGACUGCCAGUCCUGCCAGGUCCUGGAGGGCCACUGGGUGCUGAACGAGCAGCCCCACUACAGGGGCCGCAUGGUGUAUGUGAGACCCGGCGAGUACAGGAGCCUGAGAGACGUGGGCAUGGGAGUCAUGAGAGUGAUGAGUGUCAGGCGCCUCAUGGAUAACUGA